CACCUUUUGCGACUUCCGACUUUUGUUUUCGGUCAGCCAGUGCAAGUCAGUGUCGGUGUGCUUCCCUGUCUCCCCGUGCGAGUGUUUGUCCUUGUGAGGUGUCUUGUUUUCGUGCCGCAGAGCAGUCCUUCCUUCGUCCGACACAGAAAGGCUCUAUCAACAAACCUAUCAACAACGCAAUGGCGCCCCGCAACAAGGAACAGGAAGCUGAGGUGCUGCAGUGGAUCAGCGAUGUCCUGGGCGAGAAGCUGCCGCCGGGCGCCUACGAGGACGUGCUCAAGGAUGGCGUCGUGCUGUGCAAGCUGGCCAACAAGCUGGCCCCCGGUUCGGUGAAGAAAAUCCAGGAGCGUGGCACCAAUUUCCAGCUGAUGGAGAACAUCCAGCGCUUCCAGGCGGCCAUCAAGAAGUACGGCGUGCCGGAGGAGGAAAUCUUCCAGACCGCGGACCUGUUCGAGCGCCGCAACAUCCCGCAGGUGACGCUCUGUCUGUACUCGCUCGGCCGAAUAACGCAGAAGCAUCCGGAGUUCAAUGGACCGCAGCUUGGCCCCAAGAUGGCGGACAAGAACGAGCGCAACUUCUCCGAGGAGCAGCUGCGCGCUCACCAUGGCGAGCUGAACCUGCAGAUGGGCUUCAACAAGGGCGCAUCGCAGGCCGGCCAGGGAUCGUUCGGCAACACGCGUCACAUGUAAUUUUACCCAGAUGAAGUUGAAGUAGCAUAGACCACCUACCUAUGAAAAGAAAAACAACAAGCCACUAAUAUCGAAGCAGCUUAGCAGCAGCUAGUAUUCGGACUUUCGGAAUCGGUUUUGCUUUCUUGUUUGUCCUAUGGAGGAGGCAACCAAAAACACGUCGUUAUUCAUCCCACACGAUGGUGGAUGGUACGAAAAACCACGUCUCAGACGACGCGCGGCCUCUUUGUGCAUCAUUGCUAUUUUUAGGGAAAACUCUUACGAGAAGAGCACGGCAAGGAAGAAAACCCCCGUCCCAUUUGUUGCUGUGCUAACCGUCAUGUACCAUCAGUCACCAUUCAGUCGCACAAAACCCAUCCCACACCGUGACACCUUCGCCGCCUACGCGCUCAGCGCCGAACAAACCUUCGUACUAAGGAUGCCUCUAGCGCCGAGGGCAUGUCUAAAAGGGUGGCGAAGGGUAUCCAAAUUUAUAUACCAAAACAAGCACACUACUCUUAAGCGCAUCGUAUAUUUCUCCUCGCCGAAUGUUCUCUCCCCUGGCCGACGACCUGAAUGUGUGCGGCCAAGGAACCGAAACCCGGCCGCUCCAGUUUGGAGGUAGCACCAGUCAACAGUGUCCGGCCGAGCGUCGUGUAAAUGUGUUUUCUGUUUUUCUUUUCGUUUUCGGCCUUCGCUCUAGCCUCGUAUCACAUCGAUAUACUUUAUUUUAUUUAUAAACGUUUCAGAAGCGGUUUAUUGUACGAUAUGACCAAAAUAUAUACCUAUAUGUGUUAUUAACCGAUAAGGACUU